AUUCAGGUGCGCCUUAUAGUCCGAAAAUUACGGUACUUGUGAAAUGAUAAUGUGACUAGUUAAAUUACAUUUUCUAAAAGCCCAUUGGAGGUCAUCAGAGCUCAAAGUGAUGUCACUGCGAUUAUUUCUUGAGGACAUCAAAAGGGCGCCCUGACCACUUAUUAUCCAAGCUGGGGUGGGACAUUUUGUUCAAAACAUUUUUAGCUUUAAAAAGCACACAAAUAAUAUAAAAUCAUUAUAAUUAUACAAUUACGGAUGAAUUAUUUACUAUAUCAUCGUUUUCUCUACAUUUAAGCUCUGAGUCACUCAUGGAGAGCUAACAUUUGAGAAAUGGUAUUAAUGAACAUUUCAACCCUUUCUCUGCUCUCUUUGUUCCCUUCCUUCCUUCCUGUACCUGUCUGUGCUUUUCUACUGGAGGCACUGUACAGCACUGAACUUGAAUAGAACUUGAUUUAGUGGAGAGAAUGCUGUGUGUGUUGGGCAGUAAGAUGGAGCUGUGUCCCUGCAGGUACGGCCACCUGGACGGAGAUCCUAAAGAAGUGUCUCCUGUCAUUGAUCAGUUUGUGGAGUGUGUGUGGCAGCUGUCCGAGCAGUUCCCCUGUGCCUUCGAGUUCAACGAACGCUUCCUCGUCGCCAUACACACACACAUCUACUCCUGUCGGUACGGGACCUUCUUGGGCAACUGCCAGAAGGAGCGCAGGGACAUGAGGCUUGGAGAGCGGACUCACUCCGUUUGGCCCGAGCUGUGGAAGGAGCGGGCCCAGUACACCAACCCUCUCUACCGGGCUGAGCAGAGCCAGAGCCAGGGGGUCCUGAGGCCCAACACCACCCCCUACUGCUUCAAGAUGUGGAAGGGUCUCUAUAACCACGCAGAGAAAUCCACGCCUCCUCGCCAGUCACCUGCUGACUUCCUGUCUACUGUGAGGGAAGAGUCCCAGCAGCUGGAGGAGGAGCUGGCCAAUCAGCAGGAGGUACCGCCGGGAGGAACCCCCCACCAUCACCUGGGCUUCAGACAAGGCAUACAACACACUAGCAAACACUAGCACACACCCCCAACAUGCAUCACUGCAAAAAUGGAGCUCUAAGGUCUGUGAUCCCGUCUGCCCUCAUCAGUGAGUCACACACAGAGCCACACUGGCCUGUGGCCCCCCCGCUACCAUCCCUGACAAAAACAGAAGCAAAAUGGAACUCGUCAAAAUUCUCUUGGUGUCAACUGUUCACCAACAAGCCCCAACUCGGCUUUGGGGAUUUGCAACUGAAUAAGUUACAGAUAUAAAAAAGGAGGGACCAGGAACCCAGUUUACUGCCCCUGCUCCCUGCCACACACCGACAAACAGAGGCCCACUGGCCUACAGUGAGAGAGGAGUCUAUGGUCCACUGUCAGACGGCCUCACAGGUUUAACUAACAGUAGAGAAGUACUGACUUAUGUGAGCAGUGUGUGGAGACAAGUCAUAACCGUGAUUAACCUCAGCGCACACUCUUCUGGACCUUUAAUGAGCAAAGAGAGCGUGAUGGUAUUUAAAGACUAACACGUUAGUUUCAUUUGUUUGUAGAACAACAUAUCAGACACAAAUAAUGAUGAAGCAUAUUUAAACUUGUUAAAACAUGUCUCCGGGGAACCUCAGUGUAUUCCUUUCAAAAUAAACCAUUAGCCGCGUUCACACCGCAGUACUUUUCCCACUUUAGUUCC